CUCCGGCAGGGGGUGUGGGCCGCACUCAGCGGGGGCUGGUACUACGACCCGCACCAGGCCACCUUCGUGAACGCGCUGCACCUCUACCUGUGGCUCUUUCUGCUCGGCCUGCCCUUCACCCUCUACAUGGCUCUUCCUUCUUCCAUGAUUAUAGUAGCAGUCUAUUGUCCUGUAAUAGCUGCUAUUUUCAUUGUUUUGAAGAUGGUUAACUAUCGACUCCACAGAGCUCUUGAUGCUGGAGAAGUUGUAGAUAGGAACGCAAAUGACUUCGCAGAUCAUCGAGCCAAAGCUGAACAAGGCAACUGUUCAACUAGGAGAAAAGACAGCAAUGGGCCCAGUGAUCCUGGUGGAGGGAUUGAAAUGUCUGAGUUCAUUCGAGAGGCAACACCUCCAGUUGGGUGCAGUUCAAGAAAUUCUUAUGCUGGUCUAGAUCCAAGUAACCAGAUUGGAUCUGGGUCCUCUCGUCUUGGGACAGCGGCAACUAUUAAAGGAGAUACAGACACUGCUAAGACUUCUGAUGAUAUCAGUUUAAGUCUGGGCCAAAGCUCUAGUCUUUGUAAGGAAGGAAGUGAAGAGCAAGAUCUGGCAACUGAUCGGAGGCUCUUCCGUCUGGUCUCCAACGAUUCCUUCAUCUCCAUUCAGCCUUCUUUAUCCUCUUGUGGACAAGACGUACCAAAGGACUUCAGUGACAAAGUGAGCCUGCCAAGUCACAGCCACCACCACCACGUUGAUCAGUCUCUGUCCAGUGCCUGUGACACAGAAGUAGCUUCUCUUGUCCCUUUACAUUCACACUCAUACAGGAAAGACCACCGGCCGCGGGGUGUCCCACGGACUUCUAGCUCUGCUGUGGCUUUUCCAGACACUUCACUCAAUGACUUCCCUUUGUAUCAACAAAGACGUGGGUUAGAUCCAGUCAGUGAGUUAGAAUCUUCUAAGCCUCAUUCUGGAUCCAAGGAAUCCUUGGUGGAAAAUUCUUGUUUAUCUGGGGACUUUCAGCUUGUUGGUGAGUUGAAAAGCAGUCAUCCUCAGCCGCCUACAAAAAGUGGGAAGAGCAGACCUUUGAAAGCUGACAAAAGUAUGGACAGCUUGAGGAGCCUGAGCACAAGGAGUAGUGGGUCAACAGAGAGUUACUGCAGUGGAACAGACCGUGACACUAACAGUACUGUCAGCAGCUAUAAAAGUGAACAGACCAGCUCUACUCACAUAGAGAGCAUCUUGUCAGAGCAUGAGGAGUCUCCAAAAGCAGGAAAGAAAAGUGAUAGGAAAAAGGAAUGCUGUGCUGACCCAGAGGACAAGAGUAGCUGUACCAGUGACAGACGGACUAGUAGUGAAAAGACUGCCUUGGAAGUGAGUGUGAAUAGUGGGGCUCAAGAUGCCAAGGAUUCUAAUAUUUCUGACGACAUGCAUAAUCAGAUAGGUCUUAGCACCUCUGCGUCUGAAGAAGCCAAUAAAAACCCCCACGCCAAUGAAUUUAGUUCACAGGCAGACAGGCCACUAGGGAAGACUGUUGAAAAGGAAGAGGAGCAGAGUGAUAAGUCGGCUGUUUCAGUGGACUCAAAAAUUGGUAAAGAUGGUGAUGGGAAGCAAAAGGAAGGGGAUGUGCGCCCUAAAUCCUCAAGCUUGAUCCACCGGACAACUUCUGCCCAUAAGUCUGGGAGGAGACGGACAGGAAAAAAGCGGGCCAGCAGUUUUGACUCAAGCCGGCAUAGAGAUUAUGUUUCAUUUCGAAGUGUUUCUGGCACCAAGCCACAUAGUGCUAUAUUCUGUCAUGAUGAGGAUUCUAGUGACCAAAGUGACUUGAGCAGAGCAUCCAGUGUGCAGUCUGCUCACCAAUUCAGCAGUGAUAGCUCAUCUAGCACCACCUCUCACUCAUGUCAGUCUCCUGAGGGCAGAUACAGUACUCUGAAGACCAAACAUGUCCCUAAAGAAAGGGGCACUGACUCUGAGAACACACACAAAGCUCAUCUGGGUCCUGAAGGAACUGGUAAAAAGAGGACAACACGUCGGACUUCGAGCACAAAUAGUGCCAAAACUCGGGCGCGCGUGUUGAGCUUGGACAGUGGCACAGUGGCGUGCUUGAAUGACUCUAACAGGUUGAUGGCACCUGAAAAUAUAAAACCCUUAACCACUUCAAAAUCAGAUCUUGAGGCCAAAGAGGGAGAGGUGCUAGAUGAGCUAUCUUUGUUGGGACGGGCUUCCCAAUUAGAGACAGUCACUCGAUCUAGGAAUAGCUUGCCAACCCAGGUUGCAUUUCCUGAAGGUGAAGAGCAAGAUGCUGUCAGUGGAGCAGCACAGGCCAGCGAGGAGGCGGUGUCAUUUCGCCGGGAACGCAGCACUUUUAGGCGCCAGGCAGUGCGGCGCCGGCACAAUGCAGGGAGUAACCCUACCCCUCCUCCAUUGCUCGUCGGAUCACCCCCAAGCCUUCAAGAUGGUCAGCAAGGCCAGCAGUCCACAGCCCAGGUCAAAGUCCAGUCCCGUCCCCCUUCCCAGACUGCAGUGCUCAGUGCUAGUGCCUCCUUGCUGGUGAGAAAUGGGAGUGUCCACUUAGAAGCACCUCAUGACACUGCAUCUGCUGUAGGCGGCAGCAGUUUGCACGAUGAACUUGGUAAGUUCUCUUCUACGCUUUAUGAGACUGGUGGCUGUGAUAUGUCACUUGUGAAUUUUGAACCAGCAGCAAGAAGAGCAUCCAAUAUCUGUGACACGGAUUCUCAUGUAUCCAGUUCUACCUCAGUUCGAUUUUAUCCACAUGAUGUGAUUCGAUUGAACAGACUAUUAACCAUCGAUACAGAUUUGUUGGAGCAACAAGACAUUGAUCUAAGCCCUGACAUAGGCACUACUUACGGUCCAACAGAAGAGGCUGCCCAAAAAGUUAAACACUAUUACCGCUUUUGGAUCUUGCCACAGCUGUGGAUUGGCAUUAACUUUGACAGACUCACACUUUUGGCUUUGUUUGACAGAAAUCGUGAGAUCCUAGAAAAUGUAUUAGCUGUCAUCCUGGCAAUUCUUGUGGCUUUUUUGGGCUCUGUUCUUCUCAUUCAAGGCUUCUUCAGAGAUAUAUGGGUCUUCCAGUUCUGCCUGGUGAUAGCCAGCUGUCAAUACUCACUACUUAAGAGUGUUCAACCAGAUUCUUCUUCUCCCAGACAUGGUCAUAAUCGUAUCAUUGCCUACAGUAGGCCAGUUUAUUUCUGUUUAUGUUGUGGUCUUAUUUGGCUCCUGGAUUUUGGUAGCAGAAACCUUACUACAACCAAGUUCAAAUUAUAUGGAAUAACUUUCACCAAUCCACUGGUGCUUAUAUCAGCCAGGGAUUUAGUUAUAGUGUUUACACUCUGUUUCCCAAUAGUAUUUUUCAUUGGUCUCCUGCCUCAGGUGAAUACAUUUGUGAUGUACCUCUGUGAACAAUUGGAUAUUCAUAUCUUUGGUGGUAAUGCCACUACAAGCCUGCUAGCAGCACUUUACAGCUUUAUCUGUAGCAUUGUGGCAGUGGCCUUACUAUAUGGCUUGUGUUACGGCGCUUUAAAGGAUUCCUGGGAUGGUCAACAUAUUCCAGUACUUUUCUCCAUUUUUUGUGGUUUGUUAGUGGCAAUAUCCUAUCAUCUCAGCAGGCAAAGCAGUGAUCCAUCAGUACUUUUCUCUUUGGUGCAAUCCAAGAUUUUUCCAAAAGCAGAAGAUAAAAAUCCAGAAGAUCCUUUGUCUGAAGUAAAAGAUCCACUGCCUGAAAAACUUAGAAAUUCUGUUAGCGAGCGUUUACAGUCUGACCUAGUAGUGUGCAUUAUAAUGGGUGUGCUGUAUUUUGCUAUUCAUGUAAGCACAGUAUUCACAGUAUUACAGCCUGCUCUCAAGUAUGUGCUGUACGCGCUGGUUGGCUCUGUGGGCUUUGUAACCCAUUACGUGCUGCCUCAAGUCAGGAAACAGCUACCUUGGCACUGCUUCUCUCACCCUCUGCUGAAGACGGGGGAGUACAGUCAGUAUGAAGUUCGGAAUGCAGCCACUAUGAUGUGGUUUGAGAAACUUCAUGUGUGGCUUCUUUUUGUGGAAAAGAAUAUCAUCUAUCCAUUGAUUGUUCUGAAUGAACUUAGUAGCAGUGCAGAGACUAUUGCUAGCCCAAAAAAACUGGAUACAGAAUUAGGUGCUUUAAUGAUCACCAUUGCUGGUCUGAAGUUGCUACGAUCCUCUUUUAGCAGCCCGACAUACCAGUAUGUCACAGUCAUCUUUACUGUGCUCUUUUUCAAGAUUGACUAUGUAGCUUACUCAGAGACUAUGCUUUUGGAUCUCUUCUUCAUGUCCAUUCUCUUCAACAAGCUUUGGGAGCUCCUUUAUAAAUUACAGUUUGUGUACACCUACAUUGCCCCAUGGCAGAUUACCUGGGGUUCUGCUUUCCAUGCCUUUGCUCAACCUUUUGCAGUGCCCCAUUCAGCCAUGCUGUUUGUACAGGCUGCUGUAUCGGCCUUCUUUUCCACUCCACUAAACCCUUUCCUGGGAAGUGCAAUAUUCAUCACUUCAUACGUUCGGCCUGUGAAAUUCUGGGAAAGAGACUAUAACACAAAACGAGUGGAUCAUUCAAAUACCAGGUUGGCUUCUCAGCUUGAUAGAAAUCCAGGAUCAGAUGACAACAAUCUGAAUUCCAUCUUUUAUGAACACUUAACCAGAUCCCUGCAACACAGUCUAUGUGGGGAUUUGCUCCUCGGACGGUGGGGAAACUACAGCACAGGGGACUGUUUCAUUCUUGCCUCUGACUACCUCAAUGCACUAGUGCACCUUAUAGAGAUCGGCAAUGGGCUGGUCACUUUCCAGCUGCGAGGACUUGAAUUCAGAGGUACUUAUUGUCAACAGCGGGAAGUAGAAGCCAUUACUGAAGGUGUUGAAGAAGAUGAAGGAUUUUGCUGUUGUGAACCUGGCCAUAUUCCUCAUGUGCUUUCAUUUAAUGCUGCAUUUAGCCAGCGCUGGCUAGCUUGGGAAGUGAUAGUCACUAAGUAUAUCUUGGAGGGUUAUAGUAUCACUGACAACAGUGCUGCCUCUAUGCUUCAAGUCUUUGAUCUUCGGAAAGUGCUAACUACUUACUAUGUUAAGGGUAUCAUUUAUUAUGUUACAACCUCUUCUAAGUUAGAGGAGUGGCUUGCUAAUGAGACAAUGCAGGAAGGACUACGUCUGUGUGCAGAUCGAAAUUAUGUUGAUGUGGACCCAACAUUUAAUCCAAACAUUGACGAAGACUAUGACCAUCGACUAGCAGGCAUAUCCAGGGAGAGUUUCUGUGUGAUUUACCUCAACUGGAUAGAGUAUUGUUCUUCUCGAAGAGCAAAGCCAUUGGAUGUGGACAAAGAUUCAUCCCUGGUGACUCUUUGCUAUGGACUCUGUGUUCUGGGCCGGAGAGCUUUGGGCACUGCAUCUCAUCAUAUGUCCAGUAAUUUAGAGUCAUUCCUCUAUGGAUUGCAUGCCCUGUUUAAGGGAGAUUUCCGUAUUUCUUCAAUUCGAGAUGAAUGGAUAUUUGCCGACAUGGAAUUGUUAAGAAAAGUAGUAGUGCCUGGAAUCCGUAUGUCCAUUAAACUUCAUCAGGAUCACUUUACUUCUCCAGAUGAAUAUGAUGACCCUACCGUACUCUAUGAAGCCAUUGUGUCUCAUGAAAAAAAUCUCGUCAUAGCCCAUGAAGGGGACCCUGCGUGGCGCAGUGCGGUCCUUGCCAACUCACCCUCCUUGCUUGCUUUGCGGCAUGUCAUGGAUGAUGGCACCAAUGAAUACAAGAUCAUCAUGCUCAACAGGCGUUACCUUAGCUUCAGGGUCAUCAAGGUCAAUAAAGAAUGUGUUCGAGGCCUGUGGGCAGGACAGCAGCAGGAACUUGUUUUUCUACGUAACCGUAACCCAGAGAGAGGUAGCAUCCAAAAUGCAAAGCAAGCUCUGAGAAACAUGAUAAACUCAUCUUGUGAUCAACCCAUUGGCUACCCAAUCUUUGUCUCACCUCUGACAACUUCAUACUCUGACAGCCAUGAGCAGCUUAAAGAAAUCCUUGGGGGACCUAUCAGUUUGGGAAAUAUAAGAAACUUCAUAGUGUCAACCUGGCACCGGUUAAGGAAAGGUUGUGGAGCUGGAUGUAACAGUGGUGGCAAUAUUGAAGAUUCUGAUGCUGGAGGUGGAACUUCCUGCACAAGUAACAAUGCAACAACUGCCAAUGAUCCUCAUAGCAACGUGUCCCAAGGAAACACUGGGAAUCCAGGCCAGGGAUCAGGAACAGGACUCCACCCACCUGUCACCUCUUACCCUCCAACACUAGGCAUGAGCCACAGCUCUCACUCUGUGCAGUCAGGCCUGGUGAGACAGUCCCCUGCUCGGGCCUCAGUGGCCAGCCAGUCUUCUUACUGCUACAGCAGCCGGCAUUCCUCUCUCCGGAUGUCCACCACAGGAUUUGUGCCUUGUCGGCGUUCCUCCACCAGUCAGAUAUCACUUCGAAACUUACCGUCCUCCAUCCAGUCCCGCCUUUCUAUGGUGAACCAAUUGGAACCUUCCAGUCAGAGUGGUAUGGCCUGCGUACAGCAUGGCCUUCCUUCUUCCAGCAGCUCCAGCCAAAGCAUCCCAGCCUGCAAGCAUCACGCUCUUGCGGGCUUUCUUGGAACAGAGGGAGGCCAGAGCAGUGCCACUGAUGUACCACCAGGCGGUACCUUAAGUCCUGCCAGUAAUUCACAUGCCAAAAAGGGGGAAGUGAUUUACAGAGUUCAGAUUGUAGAUCCCAGUCAAAUUUUGGAUGGCAUCAACCUAUCAAAAAGGAAGGAGCUGCAGUGGCCUGACGAAGGAAUUCGGUUAAAAGCUGGAAGAAACAGCUGGAAAGACUGGAGUCCUCAGGAGGGCAUGGAAGGCCAUGUGAUUCACCGAUGGGUGCCUUGCAGCCGAGAGCCAGGUACUAGAUCCCACAUCGACAAGACAGUGCUUCUCGUCCAGAUUGAUGAUAAAUAUGUGACUGUCAUUGAAACCGGGGUACUAGAACUUGGGGCUGAAGUAUGAGCUGGUGUUUUACAACUGCAUUUCUUUUCCCUCUCAAUUCUAAAACACUGGAAAGAGAGAGGCGAGAACAGAGAUGCCUGCAGGUAUCGCUUUGAUCCUAGAUGGGAGAGACUUGAACAUAGAGUGGGCUUGGCCAAGCACCUCUCCUGUGCCCUUCACCCUGACCCCUGCCACUGUCUCCAUCCUAAAAUAAAGCUGAAAUAUUUUUUUAAGUUAGCUGCCGAGAAAACAUUUUGCAUGAAGGAUAAAAAAUAAGUUCUGUUAAAAUUCCGUCCUUAAAAAGUUUUCCCCUAUGUAUUGCCUAUGCUUUAAGUCAACCAACUCUUCAUUUCUAAACUAUGAUCUCAUAUUUUUCUAAUUUCUUUGCCAAAAAUAAUUGCCAUGUUUUGUCAUAGAACAUGAAAUCCAUUUACCUUGAUUUUUAAAAACAGACCAGUUAGAAACUUUCAAUUUGACAUAUAGCAGAAUGAAAGUUUAAUGUACAGUGAAAGAAACUAUGAACAGACAUAGAUUUAUCUUAUUCCUUGAGCGCUAAAAACUUUAAUGAAAUAACUGCACUAAUUUUUUACAACAAUGCACUAAAGUCUGAGAUUUCUCAGAACAUUUAUUUAUAUAUAAAAAUAAAUACAUUAUUUAAAUUGCCUUUGGGAUUAACCCCUUCCCUUUCCUUAUGAACAUAUAUAGCAGGAACUGUGCUGCUUGUUUUCCUGUGUGUAGUCUGUACUUCAUGCCAGUACACUGGGUGUUUUCUUUAAAAUGAGUCCUGAGUCUCGGCGCACCUGGCUUCAUCGCUGGCGUCUCCUGAGCAAGCCCCACUGGCCGCCUGGCCUCUACUGCCACAGCGUUGCAGAUGGCUUCAGCCCUCACCCCGGGACCCUGCUUCUCCCCGUGGAGCCAGCUCUCCUGUGGUCAGUUGUGGGAAGAAAAUACUUUGUCUUUUCAGAGAAGAGGAUGAACAUCCAGGAAGUUACAGAAAGGAUUGAUUGCUUUUUUUUGUUUUUAGAAGUGCUUAGGUCAUUUAAAGUCAUUUACAUGCAGUUCAGUUAAUUAAGUAAAAGAUUUUCAGACAAAAUUAUCCAAAUGGUGCAGUUCUUAUUGUUAUAUCCCUUUUUAAUAACUUUGCCUUUUAUUUCCCUUUUCUUUUUCUAUUACUUGAAUUUUAUUUUCUGUAAAUUGUAUGUAGCUGUAAUUUGAAAUACUUAUAACUGUGAAAUUGACUUCAUUCAUAUAUUAUCUCAUAACUUAAAAUUUACUGUUUUUUUUUUAAUGCGUGUAUUCAGGGAAAUAAACAAUUCAGAUUUACAAUUGGGCUAGGUAGGAGCUGCAGUCUUUAGAUUUAAUUUGCAACUUUUGGCAUUUUUUAAUUCCUUCAGAAAACUUUUCAUUUUUUGGAUGAAAUUCCACAGAAGAGUGUACAUCUCCUCUGAGCACUUAGAAGCAGCCACCUUUCUACUCCUGUGAAAGGAAAGUGAAAAAACAGGUGAAAUUAAUUUUAAUUAUACAUUUUAUUUAAUCCAGUAUAUUCAGAGUAUCACUGUUUCAACUUUUAACACAGCCACAUUUCAUGUAUUUGCCCAGUGACGACUUGGGUUCAGCUGAGCUUAAAGUAUCUUUUGAUGAGGGUGACGGGGGAAAAAAGAGCUAUUUUUCCUACCAGUUCUGAUGUAGAUCUCACAGUAUAACUCUUCAGUAGAAGGGAUGAAAACUAAGGAAAUGCAUAGCUAAUACACAGCAUAUUAUUGCAUUUCUAAUUUAAAAUUUUUGUGGUCAUUUAUGACCCAAAGUGCCUCGUGUUAAUAUUUCCAUUGACGUACCUAGCAAAAUUUACUGUUCAAAUACAUUUAUCAAAUGAUCAACUGAAGCUGUACACAAAGGUAUCCUUUCUAAAUUAAUUAAGAUGUGUUUUCUUGGUAAUACCAUUGUAUUCUGGAUUUGCCUCCUUUUAGCAAAUCCCCAGUAUGUUAUUAAAAGUUCAGCCUCUUUUCUUUCCCUGAAACUAAAAAUAUCUAUCUAUCUAUCUACUUACCUACCUACCUACUUACCUAUCUAUGUAUUUAUCUAUCUCUGUAGAGAGAUAUUUUUAAAAUCUUAGCAAAGGUAUUAAGCUCCCUGUUAUUGUUACCUUUCUAAAAUAAUGAUCAUUGCUCUGGUGAGACAAAUUGGGCCUUUCUAUGUUAGAAGAUACUUCAUUUUCCUAUUUAAAAAAAGAUCUGAGCUUCAAAUGAUUCAACCAGAGGGCUACAUUUAUUUUAAUUCCUAGCCCCACAAGUCCCCACCAUCAAUUGUUAAACACAUCACAAACUCUUAAAAAGUCAAGUUGCAAAAGAAAGACUAGAUUUUAUAUAGAACAUAGAUAUUUGCUCUUCAUUUGUGGUAGCUACCAGUGGACAUUUUUCAUAAAACACAUUAGAUUAUGUUAUCAGAUCACCCUGUAACUUAUUUAUGAAUUUAUAAAUUAGAAAUCCCAAGAAGAAUCUAUUCUUAUAUUUUAAUUCUAAAAUCGAUAGUCUUUUAAAAAAUUCUAAUACUUUUCUAAUAGUUGUAUCAGGAGAAGCAAUGAUAAUUGAGAAAAGAUUCAUCAUAAGUCGGCUUAAAUGCAUGUGCUCCCCCACCAAGAGUAAGCAAUUUGUUUAAUUCCUUUCUUAUCUUUUUAAAUUGUAUACAAGAUUCCAGCAUACAUACGUUCAUUUCUUUAGUUCAAAAUUGCCAAAAAUUUCAGAAUUCCAUAAUAUGAAACAAAUAUAUGUAAGUAAGAGAAUAUCUUUACUUUCCUUUAAACAGUUUCAUUCUUGCCGUCUUUAUGGAGUUUUUAUUAUUUUAUUUUUUGUUUCUACUUUUAAGAGAGUCCUGGAAUGAAUUUAGAAAUUGUUAACUUUUUUCCUUGUUUCCUAUCAUCCAGUGGCAAAAAUCAUUUUAUACCUCAAAAUUUAAGUUUAUGGUUAAUCUUCAGUUUAUAACUUGUUAUAAUCCUCCUUUUUCAAGACCUGAUAAAACAGAUGUUCUCCUUUUUCUAGAGAAUGCUUAAUUUUUCCAAGUCUAGGUUGAUAUAAGGUGUUUGUACUUAAGGGGCUUGGAAAGUAGUUGGUGAGGAUGUGUAUUUCUAAGGUUAGAGGAGGUUAAUUACUAUUCAUGAAAUUAGUGAACAGACUUAUCAGUGUUAUGCUUCCUUUGAGUUUUAAUUACUGAAAGAUUAAUUUCCACUAGAUGAAGUAUUUUUUUUAAAUAUGCCAAGUGUAUUUGAGAUACUUCUACUAACCCUUGAGGCAGAAGUUGGAAAAUAUAUCCGGAAUGAGAUUUAGAAAGUUACUCUGUGUACCAAAUGUCAGACAAUGAAAAUAUAGAUUUUUAAUAGGAAACUACAACUCUUUAAGGUGGAUUUUUCUCCUUGUUUAUUCUUUCAUCUUAUAUCAAAAUAUUUUUUAAAAA